UUCGCCACUGCCCUGCCACUUGUCUGCAUUAGUGCAUUUGCAUACUUAACGUCGGUGUUGCCGGGUGUGCAGUGAUUCGAAAAUUUUUGUUAUAAUCGUCCAAAAUGAAUAAAAUUGUUGGACAUUUACGUUCCCUUGAUGCAUACCCUAAAACUACUGAAGAUUUCAGCGUGAAAACCUUCCAGGGUGCAGCAAUCACCUUUAUAUCUUUGGGAAUUAUGUCCAUGCUAUUUUGGAUCGAAUUGUUUGAUUACUUAUCACCAAACGUAACAGAGGAACUGUUCGUAGAUACUUCACGGAAUCCAAAUAUCCAAAUUAAUUUAGAUAUUAUCGUGCCGACUAUAUCUUGCGAUUUUUUAUCACUUGACGCAAUGGAUUCCUCUGGCGAACAACACCUACAAAUUGAUCACAAUAUUUACAAACGUCGUUUAGAUUUAGACGGUAAGCCCAUUGAGGAACCUAAAAGAGAAGAUAUCACUAUACCAACUAAAAAACCUAAUGAGGCGGAAAACUCGACAGAAUGUGGAAGUUGCUACGGAGCCGCACUUGAUCCGAAAAGAUGUUGCAACACUUGCGAAGAUGUACGUGAAGCAUACAGAGAAAGACGGUGGGCCUUUCCUGAUAAUCCCGAAAAUAUCAGUCAGUGCAAGGAUGAGCAUUUUAAUGAGAAGCUUAACACGGCUUUCUCGCAAGGCUGCCAGAUUUACGGAUCACUUGUUGUCAAUCGAGUUAGUGGUAGUUUUCAUAUAGCUCCAGGUCGAAGUUUUAGCGUAAAUCAUGUACACGUACAUGACGUGCAACCGUUUUCUUCUACGUCCUUUAAUACGUCCCACCGAAUACGGCACAUUACAUUUGGUACAAAUAUUGACAGCAAAUCGCACAAUCCACUAAAAAAUACAGUAGCAAUCGCCGCACAAGGUGCUACAAUGUUUCAAUAUCACAUUAAGUUGGUUCCGACGAUGUAUGUGAAACUAGAUGGCUCAGUUAUAACUUCCAGUCAAUAUUCUGUCACGAAGCACCAGAAAGUGGUCUCGAUUAUAAGCGGCGAAUCGGGAAUGCCGGGCGCGUUCUUUCAAUAUGAACUAUCGCCUUUGAUGGUGAAGCGUACGGAGCGAAGAAAAUCGUUUGGACAUUUUGCUACCAAUGUUUGUGCAAUUAUAGGAGGAGUUUUUACUGUUGCCGGCCUUAUUGACUCCAUGCUGUAUAAUUCUGUAAAGUUUGUGCAAAAAAUUGAAAUUGGGAAAGCCCAAUGAUACUGGCGGAUUUUAAAAUUUAUUUACAUAAUUGUGCACAAAUACUAUCUUCAGUUGGUUUAAAAAUUCUGUGAUUUAGAUUACCUACUUGUAGUUUGCAAGGGACUUGUAAUCAUUGUGUUAUUUAUUUGUAAUAUGUAUAUAUAGUCAAGGUGGUGGAUCUAUACUGUAAGCAUAAUAGCACACAAGGUGUUAAAUAAAUAACGCGCGUGGUUUAAAUAGAGCUCCCUUUCGCAUAGUAUUUCUUGUUUAAUGCCGUUUUUUUUAACGUCACUGUUCUUGCUAUGGGGAAUUUCAAAUUUUUAGGCAACUUUAAUUAGUUCACUUUAGACUAAGGAAAUCUAUACCGGGUGGUGCACAGUAAGUACGAACAUAGGGAUUUAACAUGGGAAAUUAGUUUUAUGCAAUAUCCUGCUCUCCUGUACAUUUUGCAGAAAAAACU